AAUGAGAUGACCGAGAACUCGGGGCUCCGGUGACAGAUUUAGCUCAGGAACAGCUCAAAUGGACCCGUGGCUACCCAAGGGAGCUGGUGGCGCAAGGAAUUGGAUGGAGAUGCUUCAUCGGCGUCGAAUUUCUCUAACGAAGCGAGGCUUGGCCAUGGGAGGCCUUGCAGUAGUAAAGUGAGGACGGGGAAGAAUCGCGUUUUCCUUCUUGAUGGUCGAUGCACAGACCCGGACUCGGGGCCGGUGUUCCGACUUCCGAAUCCCGACUCCCGACUCAGCGACGAGCCGGACUCCAAGUCGGAACGAGAACGACCCCAUCGUGGUCGGUAUCGUCCGUCGUCCCAUCGAUAUAUACCCCUUGUCCCCGCCCGCACUCUCCCCACGACUUCACGCCAAGAUCAUCCGCACGCCCGAGUCCACCGCCUGAAUCCUACGACGCCGGCACCCCCUGAUCACGAUCGCGUCCCGUCCUCUCCCCUCAGAGCGCACGAUGCCGUCGUUCCAGCCGCAGAAGAGCGCCGCCCCCGCAGCGAAGCUGUGCGCCGCCGGCUGCGGCUACUUCGGCAGCCCGGCCUCCCACGACCUGUGCUCCCUCUGCUACAAGAAGCGCCACAGCGUCGUCGGCGGCAGCGGCUCAGCCGCCGCUUCGUCGUCGUCGUCCUCCGCCGCCGCGCCCGAGGCGGCGAGGAAGGCGCAGCCGAGCCGCUGCGCGGCGUGCUGCAAGAAGGUGGGGCUGACGGGGUUCGUGUGCCGCUGCGGGAAGACCUUCUGCGGGAGGCACAGGUACGCGGAGGAGCACGGCUGCGCGUUCGACUUCAAGGGCGCCGGCCGCGUCACCAUCGCCCGCGCCAACCCCCUGAUCAAGGGAGACAAGCUGCCCAACAAAAUCUGAGCUUCACAACUUCCGUGCAAUGGGCUCACAACUUCAGAUUGUCAGAUGCAACGUUCUGUAUGGCCGGCCGUCGCAACUUUCGCAUCAACUCGUCUCGAUCUGAAGAGCCGUCUGGCUAGAUUUGUGCGAUGCAUGCCCAUCAGGGCUCAAUUCCGUGCAUACUGUUUCGUAACCAGCUGAUGUCAGAGAACACGAUCGUUCGUAUGAAUUUGUUUUUGUACUGUUUUGUAAUCAGCUGAUGUCUGAGAACAUGAUCAUUCAUAUGAAUUUGUUUUUGUC